CCGAUCUUGAUCGGUCAUUCAUCACCCACAACACCGUCGACUUUUUACCGCCAAGUCGCCCGACGAGCCAUCAUCCACCCUGCGCGAAAACUUUCGACCGACGAGUUUUCGCCAUUUACGACUCUUUUUAACCUUCCGCACCCGACCGUACGACCGACUUCGGGGCCCGCCGAAGACGACCCGUGCAUGACGGUUUCGACGACCCAAAGCGAUUGCCGUCGGCAUUCUGGCGCGACUUGCCACCGCGGACAGCCAUUUUGAGACUUCAAAAUUUCGGCCAGGCGCAUCAGUAGCAUCAGUUUGCAGCUCCCUGAGGGUUUGCGCGACGGCCUACUUUGAUCCUGUCGAAUUUUUUUCGAUUCUUUUUUUGAUUUAGUUCGCACGCUUGGCCGAGACGUACAUUGAAUCGACCUGGAAUCAACAAUCUCGGCGAACUAGAUCAUCGACAGUUUCUUGGCCACCGUUGGAACACAGAGGCUGGGCAUUUGUCAAAAAUACACAUCGCGCAGUCUGCGAUCGACCAUCAUGUCCUUCCAUCCUCAAACCCCGCAGAGUCCCUCGCAAACGUCCCCGAGUAUAAGCGAUCCGUCUACGAGUCUGAACUCGUCCAUGACAUCAACGACCACAACUCUUCCGACACCUGCUCAUUCCGUCACAGGAAGCUGUCUUCCAUCCGAGAUGAACCCCGAUAUCAUCAUGGGCGAUGAUACGCCCCAAAAGCGCAAGCGAGCGCUCGAAGAUGGCGGAGACAGAGACCAUAAGAAGGCCCAUAUCGAGGACCGCAGACUCGGUAUUGAAAACCUGCACAUGGAUGUUGGCGAAAAAUACCUGCUUUGCAGAACUCAGCAUGUGUCUUCGUUUCCUCGCAUGUCAGACGAUCUUUUCGAAGCGUUUGGCCUCACAGGUAUCGCCGCCGAAGUUGCCCGCGUCUUGCCAAACGGUGAGAAAAAUGCGAUGCGCAAGACGUACAAGGGUCAUAUCAAGAAACUUGGAGUGGCCGGUCACUUUGAUGCUGUCAAGAAAAACCAUGAGGACCCGAGCAGCUUAUUAGCCAUGUACUUUGCACCGGCAGAGGAUUGGAUUAACACCGAAGUCCACGGAAAGGACAUCACUGCCGGGCUCUCAAGCGAAGCACUGCAAAAUCUCUCACGCGCGACUACAAUGGCGAGGGGCCCCAUCUCCAAAAAGGACUGGGACACGUCUGUGCUGGGUGAUUUGGACAAAGCUGCCAAGCAGACCUCAUCGGCCAAGGUUACCGCACCAAACACACCUCUUAACCUCCCGCCAUUAAACAGACCUAAAGGUUCCCAGCCGCCCGCUGGUGAGGCUGCUCGGAUACGUAGGGUUGGCAAGAAGCGAAGCUACGGUGACAGCAGCUUCGAGGGCUAUAAUGAAGCCUUUACGGAUGAUGAUCCAGGGGCAGACGUUGGCUAUUCUACAGGCGAAGGUGAUGGUGGGCAAAAACGAAGGAAAAAGGUGCAUAUUCUCGGUGACGGCCCUUUGAGUUUUAUGCACGUUGAUACUGACCGUCUGCAGAACCCUGGAACUCCUGCCCAGAACUAUCCUUCUGCCGUCCGCCAGCAAAACUUUGGGCCCGGUAUGGUCGGUGCAUAA